UUUUAGAUUAUAUGUUCGUCGCUUCAUCUUUCAGAUACAAUUAACAAGGUAGUCCUUUUAGCCUACAGGCAUCAUUCGCACGUUUAGAGCAUCGAUUUGUAAUCGAUCUAUCCAUUCUUUUUUUUUUUUUUUUUUUCCCCCCCGUCCAUCCCCACCGCGCGGACGGGUCGCUACCUCAUUCUUUUUCCGAGCGGGCAACGUUCGCACGUGCCUACUAAGGUUUUGAUUUUAUUGUUUCAUUUUUAUUUUUCUGUCAUUUUUGUGUUAUCAUGCCAAAAAGGAAAAAUGAAGAGAAGAUACGAAAAUAUCGACGCAAGAUUCAAAAACUCCAAGCCAAAGAAGACAAGUACAAAAGAAUUUUGUACUCAUCAGAGGAUUCGGACGAAUCAAACGAUGGUAUUGUCGAGCCUGAUCCACAAGAUUUGGAAUCUGUAAAUCAGGAUGACAUCGGGAAUCAGGUAGAAAAUGAUAUUGGGAACAGCGGUGAACCAACCCCGGGGCCGGCUACAGAACCGGCUGUUCCAGAAUUGGAUCCGGACAUUCUUUCCGCCCUAGGAGAGACCACCAUAGAGGUCCCAAAAUUCGGUCCAAAGAUUCAUGAUAAGCUCUCGUGCCUGUGGUUACCUAUUUUAAAAAAGGGUUUAAAUAAGGACGUCAAAGAAAAACUGGUUAAGGAGUACCUUAUACCAGAAAAUUGCUCAUUAUUGCAGGCGCCGAAAUUAAACCCGGAAAUUUCGGCGGCCGUAGUCGAGGGCGCCCGUACACGGGAUAAGAGGGUAGAAACGGUACAACAGCAAUUAGGACAAGGCAUUACCGCCCUUAAUAAAGGUUUAGAAUUGCUGUUAGACGAUGGACAAAACAGGAUCCAAGCCAUAAAGUUUCUAAGUGACAGCUGUCGCAUACUAUGCGACCUACAUCAUGUAGAAACAGAAUCAAGAAAAAAAUUCAUUACGCCAGGAUUAGACAAAGCUUUUUUAAAUAUCAUACAAGAUGUAGACAGAGACGACUUGCUUUUCGGUAAUAAGCUUUCCGAAAAAAUAAAAGCGACAAAAGCGAUUGAAAAACAGGGUUUACAGAUAAAAAAGCCUCCUCCAAUCCCAAAAACGUCAUCCACGUCCACAUCUACAAACCAUCAAGCAUCGACGAGCCGCUCACGUCAACAGGGAAACUGGACGGGCCCUCCUCGCUUCUCCUCGAUCAGGGGGGGGAGGGGAGGGCAAAGGAGCAGAGGUGCUCCAGUAGGACGGAGGCCUCAAUCAGCGGGUCCUGCCCAGCAGAAGCAGCCUACGCAGACCAAACAACCGCGUGCAACAACACAGCAAUAAAGAUCGUGUCAUCGACUUCACCGCAGCCUUUCCCUGGGGGCCGCGACACUCUCAGGGAAGCAUUCAGUAGACUAGGUACCCCAGAGAUAGCACUCGAUUUAAUGCUGGCAUCCAUUUCGGACAAUACGAUGAAGCAAUAUUCAGUCACCUAUAAAUUGUGGUGGUCGUUUUGCUUAGAAAACUCUAUAAAGACUUUUGACGCUCCAUUAUCGGCAGUAAUAACGUUUCUUGUUAACCUUUUCAACAAGGGUGCUUCCUAUGGUACCCUUAACAGUCAUCGAUCUGCCCUUUCGUUACUUCUAGGAAAUAAUAUCGGGUCAGACGAACGCGUAAAACGAUUAUUAAAAGCUUUUUAUAGACAAAAACCAUCCCAUCCGAAAUACACCACGACAUGGGAUCCAAAAACCGUACUCGACCAUGUUUCUACAUGGUACCCGAAUAGCGAUCUAGGUUUGUUCGAAAUUACUAAAAAAUUAGCUAUUUUGUUAGCUUUGUGUACUUCUCACCGAGUACAAACAUUAUCUUUAAUUAAGAUCACCAACAUUAACAAGACCGUCUCAGGUAUAAAAAUCUUAAUACCCGACAUUAUAAAGACCUCGGCAGCUAACCGUGAGCAGCCCGUGCUUUUUUUACCCUAUUUCGUUAACAACCCAAGCAUAUGCCCGGCAAAUACCCUAGAAGAUUAUCUUCAGGCAACAUCAAAGUUACGACCAGAGGGUACUACUAAUUUGUUCUUAAGCUAUAAGAAACCUUUUAAGAUGGUAACCUCGCAAACAAUAAGUAGGUGGAUAAAACAGACUCUGGCGGAGAGCGG